UUAAAGUUGCGGCCUGCAGUUAAGCUUCUUUCUAAUGUUGUUGCUGUUCGGUCGUCUGUUUUGAUGAUCUGAGUCAGAGACGAUCGGAUCGGGUGAAUUGCCUCCCAGGUGAGGGGAAAGAAAACAACGACAAUUGAGCAUGGCCGACCAAAAGGAACUCGAUGCUUCGGCUGCACAACAAGCUGCCUUGGCCUCAGACAGCGAGGUCGAUCAGAAAGAUUACACCAGACGGCUCUGGGGUAUUCCACUGCCUGUGUAUUUCGACACCGAUGUCGAGUCCGUCGUCAAGCGUCGACUCGAUAUUUUUCUUUUGAUUUACACCGCGCUGUCGAUGUUUAUCAAGAAUUUGGAUAAUACUAAUAUCUCCAAUGCGUAUGUUUCGGGUAUGAAAGAAGAUCUGCACCUGAAUGGUAACCAAUACAACUAUUUCUCCACUUUCUACAAUAUCGGUAUUAUCUGCGGAGCCGUCCCCGUCAUGUGUCUCGCAACUUACAUCCGCCCUUCACUCGUAAUGCCCACCUGCGAACUGUUCUGGUCGGCGUUCGUCAUGGGUAUUGCUGGCGCCAAGGACUACCAGACGGUGUACGCGCUGCGUUUCUUCGUCGGUCUGUUUGGAGGUAUCGCCUUCCCAGGGUUUGCGUGGCUGCUGGGUGCCUGGUACACGCCGGCCGAGCUGGGGAAGAGAAUGGCCGUGUACGAAGUGUCGCAGAAUGUCGCGGGCAUGUUCAGUGGGUACAUCCAGGCAGGACUGUAUUCGCAUAUGAACGGGAAGGGCAUGGCUAGCUGGCGUUGGUUGUUCAUCUUUGAUGGGAUUAUCUCUCUUCCUGUUGCGUUUUGGGGAUACUAUGCUAUUCCUGAUCAGCCAAGAGACUCGCGUGCGAAAUGGUUGAAUGAAAAGCAACGCGAGCUUGCCGUCGAACGCAUGGAUCGCGUCGGCCGGAAACCUAUUAAGAAGGUCACUUGGAAGCGCUUCAAGAGUAUUUUUGUGACCUGGCACGUCUACCUUUUUGUCGCGUGCUAUGUCCUUUACGGCGCGUUUUCCUGGGGUGACGGCUACUUCAACUUGUGGCUCCAAUCGCUCAACAUCUACAGCGUCGAGAAGAUUAACGACAUCCCCACUGCCGGCCAGGCUGCUGCUGUGGUCAGCUCUAUCGUCAGCGGUGUUCUGUCCGAUUGGCUUGAAAAUCGUCCUGUGGUGAUAAUAAUCGACAUGAUAAUCUGCCUCCUUGGCAACGCCUUCCUAUCCGUCUGGUCCGCUCCUACCGCACUGAAGUUCGUCGGGUACAUCUUCAUCACCACCGGCCUCCCCGCACAAUCCCUGACAAUGACCUGGCUCAGCGAGGUAUGUCAGGGCAACGCAACACUGCGUGGUCUGAUUGUAUCUAUCGGCAACACAUUCAUCUUCGCCCUGACGUCGUGGUACCCCGUGCUCCUAUUCCCCGCCGUCGACGCUCCACAUUACAAAUACGGCUAUCAGAUUUGCGCAGGCAUGAUUGGGCUGGGGGUGUUGAGUGUGUUUGCGAUUAUCUAUGCGAUUCGGCUGGAUUUGAAAUCGGGCAGGGCGUGGAGGAAUGAUUUGGGGUUGCUAGAGUAUGAGAAAUGGGUUCAUGUUAAUGACGAUGAUGAUGAUGAUUUACCUACGCAUCGCUGAUAGAUCACUUCUGCCUUUUCUUUUCGGGAAAUAUAACAGAGCAGGCGUUGGUGGUCUUCUCAGUCGAUUUCGUGGACAUACUGUGGCGUUUG